AUGGUGGAGGAGAGCCUGGAGACAGACGGCCCCAGAUCCUCUCUGCCGGCUAAGCUCCGCCAUCCCCACUCUCAGUACUCUCAGUGGAAGUUUAAACUGUUUAGGCUGGGGUCCAUGGAGAAGGCCCCUGUGGCCUGUGAGACACAGCAUGAGAAAGGAGCCUCGUUAGGGAACCCUCCUCCUGCAGAUCUAAACAAAGAGUUAGAUAAUGGCAUCGAUCCAGGGAGUGUUAUGAAAUUGUGCCUGGGGGGAAAAAGCAAGGAAAAUGUAGAGGGCCCUGGCCAGAGAGUUGAUGUGAAGCAACAGGAAAUGGACACCCACAUGAAUCAACUGAGGUGCUUGUGCCGUCUCUGUGGAAUGACCCUGAGAAAAGUCAAAGGACCGGUGCGCGAUGUGAAUGGAGAUCUGGAUGAGAUCAGCAAAGGUUCUCUCCGUAAAAUGGGAUGCAAGUUUACAAGCUGGCCCGGUAUUGUCCUCAAAGUCUUUAAAGUGGACGUCACAAAGGACACAGAAUCUGUCCACCCUCUUUCCUUCUGCCAACGCUGCUGGGUGGUAGCCAUAAGAGGAGGGGGCGUCUGCAGCUUCUCCAAAACAAUAGUCCCAGAGUGGAAACCCCACUCCUCCACCUGCCACCUUUGCUCCCCCAGGAAACCUUCAUUCCAGCGGGAUUCUGGGAGAAAGAGGCGGAAAGACAUUCCCAGAGCGCAGAGUCUGGCAAAAAGGACCCAGAGGGACCAUGGCAACAACAUUGCCAUUGGUGAGAAGAGGGCUCUGAGACCAUUUGGAGACUAUCAUCAUGGUCCUGUGCAAAGUGCCUGGAGGAAACACAGCAUCCAGAGAGGGCAGUGGGUGACGAACAUCACCCACUGCCAGAAAGACCACCUGGAUACCCAGCUGAUCUCUGAGAAUCUCCCUAUAGACUUCAUCUUUUCUUUCACCUGCCUGGUAUGCGACCACCUGCUCUCUGACCCAGUCCAGUCGCCCUGUGGACACCUCUUCUGCCGCAGCUGUAUUCUAAAAUAUAACCACGCUCUGGGACCUCACUGCCCGGCCUGCAACUUGUCCUGCGCCAUUGAUGACCUCGCGCCGCCUGCCAAAGCCUUCUUAUCAGCCCUGUAUUCCCUGUCUUUGCUCUGUCCCAGGAGCGGCUGUGGCAAGCAGGUCAGAAUAGACGCAUUUAAAGCUCACUGUCUGGGCCAUGAGCUGGACGAACAGGACGAUAAGCAGCAGUCAUCAGAACUUGACAACUACCUGUUAACCAAUAAAGGGGGGAGACCUCGUCAGCACCUGCUAUCACUGACCCGCCGUGCCCAGAAGCAUCGGCUGAGGGAUAUGAAGAACCAGCUGAAGGCGUUUGCAGACAAAGAGGAAGGCGGCGACCUGAAGUCUGUGUGUCAGACUCUGUUUCUGCUUGCACUGAGGUCUGGGAAAGAACAUCGCCAGGCAGAUGAGCUAGAGGCUACGAUGCAAGGCAGAGGCUUUAGUUUGCAACCUGCUGUGUGCUUAGCCAUUCGGAUCAACACUUUCCUGAGCUGCAGCCAGUAUCACAAGAUGUACCGAACUGUCAAAGCCACCAGCGGCCGCCAGAUCUUUCAGCCCCUCCACACCUUGCGGGCUGCAGAAAAAGAGCUUCUCCCUGGCUUUCACCAGUUUGAAUGGCAGCCAGCUCUCAAGAAUGUGUCUACAUCUUGCAGUGUUGGCAUUAUUAAUGGGCUCUCUGGAUGGGCUUCCUCUGUGGAUGAUUUCCCAGUUGACACCAUCACCAGACGGUUCCGCUACGAUGUGGCUCUGGUGUCAGCGUUGAAGGAUCUGGAGGAGGAUAUCUUGGAGGGGCUGAGAGAGAGUGGGAUGGAAGACCGUGCUUGCACCUCAUGCUUCAGUGUCAAGAUCAAGGAAUCCUGUGAUGGCAUGGGCGAUGUCAACGAGAAGCACGGUGGAGGACCAGCUGUUCCUGAGAAGGUUGUGCGUUUUUCUUUCACUGUUAUGUCGGUCUCUGUCCUGGCAGACGAUGAGGAGGAGGAAGACGUUACCAUCUUCACUGAGCCAAAGCCAAACUCAGAACUGUCCUGUAAGCCCCUGUGCCUGAUGUUUGUGGAUGAGUCAGACCAUGAGACACUCACAGCUGUCCUGGGGCCUGUAGUUGCAGAGCGUAAUGCAAUGAAAGAGAGCAACCUCAUCCUGUCCAUGGGCGGACUUCCUCGUUCCUUCCGCUUUCAAUUCAGAGGCACAGGAUAUGAUGAGAAGAUGGUGCGCGAGGUCGAGGGCAUGGAGGCCUCAGGGUCCACCUACGUCUGCACUCUUUGUGACUCCACUCGGGCACAGGCCUCUGAAAACAUGGUGCAACACUCCAUCACUCGCAGUCAUGAAGAGAACCUCGAUCGUUACGAAAUAUGGAGAACCAACCCCUUUUCUGAGUCUGUAGAUGAGCUGCGCGACAGGGUUAAAGGGAUCUCUGCCAAGCCCUUCAUGGAGACCCAGCCAACGAUGGAUGCAUUACAUUGUGACAUCGGCAAUGCCACUGAGUUCUACAAAAUCUUCCAGGACGAGAUCGGAGAGGUGUACCAAAAGUUCAAACCCAGCCGGGUGGAACGGCGCAGCUGGAGGGCAGCCCUGGAUAAACAGCUUAGGAAGAAAAUGAAGCUUAAACCAGUGAUGAGGAUGAAUGGGAACUAUGCCCGCAGGCUUAUGACCCAAGAGGCUGUGGAGGUGAUCUGUGAGCUAGUGCCCUCAGAGGAGAGGAGGGAGGCUCUGAGGGAGCUGAUGAGGAUCUACAUCCAGAUGAAGCCGGUGUGGCGCGCCACCUGCCCUGCUAAGGAGUGUCCCGAGCAGCUGUGCCGCUACAACUUCAACUCCCAGCGCUUUGCCGACCUUCUCUCCUCCGCCUUCAAAUACAGGUACAAUGGAAAGAUAACCAAUUACCUGCACAAGACCCUGGCCCAUGUGCCUGAAAUCAUAGAGAGAGAUGGAUCCAUCGGAGCCUGGGCCAGCGAAGGGAACGAGUCUGCAAACAAGCUCUUCAGGCGUUUCCGGAAGAUGAAUGCACGUCAGUCGAAGACCUUUGAGCUUGAGGACGUGUUGAAACAUCACUGGCUCUACACCUCCCAGUACUUGCAGAAGUUUAUGGAAGCUCAUAAGGACUCUGCCAAAUCACUGUAAGCCACCAUUAACCAAGUAGAGAGCCAGGACUUUAUGUGA